UAAGCAUUUUUUAUUGAAUUGAAAUUAAAAUAUUGUUGUGAAAAAUUGCGUGACCAAAUGCUUACUAUUGAGCUUCUAUGCUGAGUAAAUUUGGGAAUUGUUGGGCAGGCUAUCGCUUACUUACGAACAAAACGACAAAGAGCCUUCAAUUAUUUUGGCGAACUUGCCGUAUCGAAAUGGAUAUGAAAAGAACUUGGAGGCAACCUCAAGGAGAAAGCGAGCUUAGGAUAUAUAACAGCUUAACUAAAGAAAAGAAUGACUUUGUACCACAUAAUGGUCGCCUCGUUAAAUGGUACUGCUGUGGACCAACAGUUUAUGAUGCAUCGCACAUGGGACAUGCACGGUCGUACAUUUCAUUUGAUAUACUGAGAAGAGUUUAUCAAGACUAUUUCAAUUAUGAUGUAUUUUAUGUAAUGAAUAUCACUGACAUCGAUGAUAAGAUUAUUUUCAGAGCUAGAAGAAACUUCCUCAUAAAGGAGUACAAAGAGAAAGGUCAUCCUACUGAACAGAUUUUAGACAAUGUUAAUGAAUCAAUGAAAAAAUUUGCCGACAAACUGAACAAGACCACUGAUCCCGAAAAGAAAAAUAUGAUGGAGAAAAUAAUUAAUGGAGUUGCUCCUGCAAAAGAAAACCUGGAGCAAGCCUCUCGAUCGGAUGAUCAUGACUCUAUGUCCGCUGCAGUCAAUGAACUGCUUGAAAAAGCUUUUGAUCCAUUGUCUGCAUGGCUAGAUAAUCAGUUUGGAUCAGAAAUAAGAAAACAUGAAAUAUUUUCCGAACUCUCAAAACAUUGGGAAGACGAAUUUCAUAAAGACAUGAAGGCUUUAAACAUACUUCCUGUUGAUUGUCUCACGAGAGUUAGUCAGUACGUCCCAGAAAUUGUUGCGUACAUCGAAAAGAUUAUUGAAAACGGUUACGCAUACGCGGCUGAUGGCUCAGUAUAUUUUGAUACAGUUAAGUUUGCUUCGAGUGAAGGCCACGAAUACGCUCGUCUUGUCCCGGAGGCUGUAGGAGAUUUGGAUGCGGUAGCCGAAGCUGAGGGAGAACUUAGCCAGAACGAAAUGGGAAAGAAAUCCAACCGGGAUUUUGCCUUGUGGAAAGCCAGCAAACCGGGGGAGCCUGCUUGGCCAUCACCCUGGGGUAAGGGUCGUCCUGGUUGGCAUAUUGAAUGUUCUGUUAUGGCGAGCGAUGUUCUGGGUUGUCCUAUCGACAUUCACACUGGAGGAGUCGACUUAAAGUUUCCUCAUCACGACAAUGAAAUGGCACAGACUGAGUCUUAUUACAACUGUUGCCAAUGGAUCAAUUACUUUCUUCACGCCGGUCAUCUUACAAUCGAGGGAUGUAAAAUGUCGAAAUCAUUGAAAAACUUUGUUACCAUCAAGGAAGCAUUGGCUAAGAACUCGGCACGGCAAAUCCGUUUGGCAUUUUUACUUCACUCUUGGCAUUCCACGCUUGACUAUAGCGAAAACGUGUUGAAAGAAGCUGUUCAAGUUGAGAAAUUGUUCAAUGACUUUUUCCUUGCCGUCAAAGACAUACUUCGCAAACCGGAAGUUUUUUCUGCAUCCUGUCACAACUUUCACGAAGCUGAAAAACAACUGCAGGCAACUUUACAUGCGAAAAAAGCCGACGUUCAUCGUGCCUUAUGUGAUUCGAUUGAUACGCCAACAGUUCUUUCUCACUUGCAGUCGUUGGUAAAAAUCACGAAUAUUUACAUCGCAACGAAGAAACUACCAAACGAGUCUCCGAAUCAUCAACUGCUAGAAAACAUUGCGAAAUAUAUCACAGACAUGCUUCGGGUUUUCGGUGCAAACGAAGGUCCUCAGACAAUAGGUUUCCAGACAUCUAGUACCACGAGUCACGUGACGAACCAUGAAGAUAUCGCUCUUCCUUACGUGCAACUUUUAGCCGAGUUUCGCGAACAAGUUCGCAACAUCGCGCGACAGGAAAAAGUUAGCGAAAUAAUGAAGCUGUGCGAUCUUCUGAGAGAUGAACAUUUGCCGAAUCUAGGCGUAAAGCUCGAAGAUCAAGAUGAUAGUCAAUCGUCGGUCAUAAAAUUCGUCGAUGCAAGAAUAUUGAAGAAGGAAAGGCAGCAACAAUUGCAGGAAUUAGAAAGAAAGAGAAGGGAAAAAGAAAAAUUAAAAUUGAAACAAGAAGAAGAGAAGGCCGCUAAGUUAGCAAAGGCUAAAAUUCCACCUUCACAAAUGUUCAAACACGAAAAAGAUAAAUAUUCAGCGUUCGACGAACAGGGCAUUCCAACUCACGAUGGAAAUGGCGAAGCGAUCAGCGCAAAGCAAAUAAAGAAGUUAAAGAAAUUAUAUCAGCAACAAGACAAACUGUACAAUUCAAUAGGGCCUGGAGCGCAAAACUACAUCAAAUAAAUAAAAAUGUGCAUAUUACGAGACUAGCGUGGACAUUAUCCUUUGGCAAUUGUUAACGGACAAUAUUUCACAUAAAGUCCUCGAUUUUUUUUUUCAAAAAUAGUCAGAAGCAUUAUUCUAAAUUUGAUGUGUAAUAUUGUGUGUGUACAGUAGAGUUCGUGGUAUUGUAUCAAACGUUAAAAAAACAAUGAAUUCACAA